UUCUGGCUUCUGGGAUAGCUGCGCAGCCUGCAUUCGCUCCAUAAGACGCACACACAUUUCCCCUUACUUUUUAGGAGGGUAAAAGUGAGUCUUAUAGAGCAAAAAAUACAGACCAGCAACCUUUAGAAGUCAUCUGAAGGCAGCCCUGUAUAGGGAAGUUUUUAAAUUCUGGGCACCACAGUUCAAGAAGGACACUGACAAACUGGAACGUGUCCAGAGGAGGGCAACCAAAAUGGUCAAAGGCCUGGAAACGAUGCCUUAUGAGGAACGGCUAAGGGAGCUGGGCAUGUUUAGCCUGGAGAAGAGGAGGUUAAGGGGUGAUAUGAUAGCCAUGUUCAAAUAUAUAAAAGGAUGUCACAUAGAGGAGGGAGAAAGGUUGUUUUCUGCUGCUCCAGAGAAGCGGACACGGAGCAAUGGAUCCAAACUACAAGAAAGAAGAUUCCACCUAAACAUUAGGAAGAACUUCCUGACAGUAAGAGCUGUUUGACAGUGGAAUUUGCUGCCAAGGAGUGUGGUGGAGUCUCCUUCUUUGGAGGUCUUUAAGCAGAGGCUUGACAACCAUAUGUCAGGAGUGCUCUGAUGGUGUUUCCUGCUUGGCAGGGGGUUGGACUCGAAGGCCCUUGUGGUCUCUUCCAACUCUAGGAUUCUAUGAUUCUAUAAAUGUUUGAUUUUGUGUUUAUAUAUGUUGGGAGAGUGGCUGGGGCAAACCAGUCAGAUGGGUGAGGUAUUAUUUUUAUUAAUAUCAUUAUAUAGAGGUAAAGGGACCCGUGACUAUUAGGUCCAGUCGUGACCAACUUUGGGGUUGCGGCGCUCAUCUCGCUUUACUGGCCAAGGGAGCCGGCGUACAGCUUCCGGGUCACGUGGCCAGCAUGACUAAGCCGCUUCUGGCGAACCAGAGCAGCGCACGGAAACACCGUUUACCUUCCCGCCGGAGCGGUACCUAUUUAUCUACUUGCACUUUGACGUGCUUUCGAACUGCUAGGUUGGCAGGAGCUGGGACCGAGAAACAGGAGCUCACCCCGUCGUGGGGAUUUGAACCGCCAACUUUCUGAUCGGCAAGUCCUAGGCUCUGUGGUUUAGACCACAGUGCCACCUGCGUCCCUUAUUAUUAUAUAGGACGUCCCUAUUUUUGUCAGAGAAAUGUUGGAGGGUGUCAAACCCUGUGAAGUACUGUAUACUUUAUCCAAGCCUGAGUGUUGGCUUAUUUGAAUCUAUAGCAGAUGUUUCAGGGAGAUUUGGAGUGGGGGAAAGUUCCCAUUCAUCCCUCUUGGAGCUCUUCCCACUUUUUAAAGGAGAACAAAAGGUCUUUCUUAAAAGGGGGAGGGAAAUCCCAUCGCCUGCCAUGUACUGCAAGGCUGCCGGAGAUUCUCAAACCCUCUCCCCAAAGCCUUUCUGCCCUGCUCCACCCCCCACCACCAAGGCAUAAUUUCGUGGGAACUGCCCAAGGUUACACAGCCCAACAGGCAGCCUGGGAGAGGAAGGGUUAAACAGAGCAACCCCUCUCGCCCGACCCAAGUCUAUGGAUAAUAAUAAUAAUAAUAAUAAUAAUUAUUAUUAUUAUUAUUAUUUAUUUAUUCCCUGCCCACUCUGGGCAGCUUCCAACAAAAUAUUAAAAUACAGUAAUGCAUCAAACAUUAAAAGCUUCCCUAAACAGGGCUGCCUUCAGAUGUCUUCUAAAUGUCAGGUAGUUGUUUUUCUCUUUGACAUCUGGUGGGAGGGUGUUCCACAGGGCGGGUGCCACUACCGAGAAGGCCCUCUGCUUGUAAUCUCACUUCUUGCAGGGAAGGAACCGCCAGAAGGCCCUUGGCGCUGGACCUCAAUGGCCGGGCUAAACGAUGGGGGUGGAGACGCUCUUUCAGGUAUACUGGGCUGAGGCCAUUUAGGAUCCCCUUAAGCAGGGCUGGAAGGCCCUGGACUAUCCAUGGACAAAGAAAGGGGGCUCUGGGAAGUGGGGGGAGACGCUGACACCUACCCAAGAGCUCCAUUGGUGGAAGGAUCGUGUUAUAAGAAAAAACUUCGCCAUUAUCCCUUAUGGGUUGUCCAAAAGAGCCCAUAUAGAGUCCUUAAGUAGGUCCCCCAUCUGUAGGAAAAAAUAGCAGAGGCCACCCGGAGAAUAUUGUUCCCCCCAUAAGGGAAUAAGGGCAGAUUUUCGUUUAUUACGCUCUCCUCACUGAGGCUUCAAUCAGAUAUCACCCUUCUGAGAUACAUAAUUCCUUGGGAUUCCUUCCACUCUCUAAUUUCCAAGCAGGGAUGAAUAUUUCAGGCUUAGGCAGCCAAUGUUCCGGCCAUCCAGGAAGACCUGGAACCCGACUUGGCUUUCCUCCCCUGAGUUUUAAGUUUGCUAACAUGUUUACACAGAGGCACCCAAAGGAGUGGAGCAAAAAAAUUGCCCCUCCCUGCAAAACACGUCUAAUUAUCCCCCUAAUUAUCAGCAGGUGCCUUUGAAAUGGUGUGGAAAGCAAAGCCUCCGUGGGAGGAAUUGCCACACCCACAAAUCGGGGCGUGGAACGGGAACUUCUCGCCUCACUGCUCCAACCACUAGGCAUCAUUCCCUUCCGGACCUGGGAAGAGCUCCCUGGAGUUCUCUGCCUCUGAGAAGACCCUGUUUCCCUUCAAGACCGCUGUGGUCCAUUUAGAAAUAUAUGAAAACAUAGAAAUAUAGGCAGCAAAGGAAGACCGGUGGGGGAAAGCAGUGAUUUUGGGGUAAGUAGCUCGCUUUUGGACUGUUUGCAUGGGAGAUGGCAGAAAGUGCGGCAGGGUCUGAAACUGACCGAUGGAUUCCUGUACCGCUUGAUAUAUUAAAAGCAUCCCUAAGUGGUGUAUAGGGAACGGAAGCAAGCGACAGGCAGCUUGCACAAAAUAUUGCAAAGAUACGCUGUCACAGAUAAAAAUGUAAUGUUCGUGCAAAGUUAAUAAUAAUAUAUAAAUCAAUAUCCAUUCAUUUUCCUUUCUGACCCAGCCUCCCUCUCAGCCUCCAAAUUCUCUCAUCAUCAUCAUAGUCUCUAAACAUUGUUCCUGCUGGCUGGUGGGGCUGAUGGGAACAAACCCUGAACUCAUAGAAUCGUAGAAUUGUCACAAGGGACCCUCAGGGAUCAUCCAGCCCAACCCACUGGAGUGCAGAAUCCCUGGCAGAUGGCCAGCCAACCUCUGUUUAAAAACCUCAACAUGCCUUUGUGUGAAUAUUGUUCAUGAAGAACAGGAAGAGGCGUAUUUUAUUUUAUUUUUAAGUGCAUUUUAGGUAACGCCAUGUGGUCUGGUAACUUGAAUUGCUACUCCAGCCAAAUGAAUGCCGUUGGCAGCAGGUUUAAGAGCAAACAAAUGAGAAAUUGCCCAUACAUUGAAUGCUCGGCCUUAAGAUGCAAUGAUAGUCAGAGUUUCUGAUGCUUUUAAAAGAGGAUUGGACAAAGUCACGGAGGAGAGAGAGAAAUAUAUAUCCCGUGAUGGCUAGUGAACAGAUAGGGCAGAGUGGAGCUUCCAUGCUCGGAGGGAGUCUAUUUGUGAAUGCCCAUUCCUGGCGGAUGGGAAUGGAAAGGACUAUUUCCUGCUUAUGGGCUUUCCUUAAACCACUGAGCCUCUUGGGCUUGCUGAUCGGAAGGUCGGUGGUUCAAAUCCCCACGACGGGGUGAGCUCCCGUUGCUCGGUCCCAGCUCCUGCCAACCUAGCAGUUCAAAAGCACACCAGUGCAAGUAGAUAAAUAGGUACCACUCCAGCGGGAAGGUAAAUGGAGUUUCCAUUCGCUCUGGUUUCCAUCACGGUGUCCUGUUGCUCCAGAAGCAGUUUAGUCCUGCUGGCCACAUGACCUGGAAAAACUGUCUGUGGACAAACGCCGGCUCCCUUGGCCUGAAAGCAAGAUGAGCGCCGCAACCCCACAGUCGCCUUUGACUGGACUUAACCGUCCAGUUGUCCCUUUACCUUUUUGUGUGUAGCCACAGCUGGAAACAGAGUCCUGGGCCGUGAUCUGAGCGAGCUCCCUACACGUUCUUCUGAACUGCAGCUGGUGGCAAAUCUUGGGGAACCUGUCAGAGGCAGCAGCACCUAGACUGGGUGAGGCAACAGAGUUGUCAGAGCAGUCUAAUGGGUGAGGCGACUGUGCAAGCUGGGCAGGAUCCAGGAGGAACCCACAGCUUUCGUGUUUCAUUAAUGGCAAAAGAGCGUGCUUCUAGCCCUCAAAGUUGCAACAAUCAAGUUGCAAAACACGGCAAUGUGCAGAGCAGAGAGUGAGCGGGGCUUUUAAAAAAAUAUUAUUAAUAUAUAUAUAUAUAUAUAUAUAUAUAUAUAUAUAUAUAUAAAUUUUUAGGUAAAGGUAAAGGGACCCCUGACCAUUAGGUCCAGUCGUGACCAACUCUGGGGUUGUGGCGCUCAUCUCGCUUUACUGGCUGAGGGAGCCGGCGUACAGCUUCUGGGUCAUGUGGCCAGCAUGGCUAAGCCGCUUCUGGUGAACCAGAGCAGCGUAUGGAAACACCGUUAACCUUCCCGCCGGAGUGGUACCUAUUUAUCUACUUGCACUUUGACGGGGACUGAGCAACGGGAGCUCACCCCGUCGCAGGGAUUCGAACCGCCGACCUUCUGAUCGGCAAGCCCUAGGCUCUGUGGUUUAGACCACAGCACCACCCGCGUCCCUAUAUUAUUUUUUACCAACCACCAAAACACAAACAGUGAAGCCCCCCAGGCGGCUGAUACAUUGGGUAUACAAUAUUCAAUAAUAUACGGUACAUAUUCAAUAAUAUUCAAUAAUAACAUAUUCAAAUUAACCAUAUGUACACUUCUAUAUACCUUAACACUCCUCCUUCCACAAGGUUUAUUUAACUUUUAACAUUUUAAUUGCCCCAAAUUGUUGAAACCUACUCAAAUAAUUCAAUAUCUUUCGAACCAAUCCUCCUCUUUCUCACUAACCUUAAACCCUUUCAUUCUAUGUAUCUUCACAGUUAGGUAUUCUAAAAUUAUAAUAUUAUUCAGUUUUUCCUUCCACUGGUUCACCCCUAACUCUUCUGCAUUUUUCCAAUUACUCGCUAUAACAUGUCUGGCUGCAAUUACUAUCAAUUUUACCCAUUUGCAUUCCUCUUUUGUUUUUAACUUUGUACUACUCAGGGUAACAAGAACCAUCAAUUUAGUUAUUUCCACGUUCCUUCCCACAAUUCCUGAUAUGUGAGCGGGGCUUUAUAUGCCACACCGUAGCUCUUCUCCAACUUUCCAGAUGUUCUGGACUACAACUCCCAUCAGCCUGAGCCAGCAGGGGCUGAUGGGAAUUGUAGUCCUCAAACCCUGCUUGCAGGUUUUCUAGCCAAGAAUCUAGCCAGCCACUGUGCCAAAUAGUUCGGCCUGAUCCAGCAAAUUCCUAUGUCCUUAUGGAACCUCCAGGUCCAGAGGCAGUCUAUCUAGACCCCCAGGUUAUUUGGGGUAUUCAGCCACUGUCAGAAUUGAGCCACUGGCCCCAUCUAGCAGGGCUGCUCUUAUGUUCUUAGAUCUGUGCAUUCUGUUGGCUCAUAUAUUGUAAAUUUAAGGAGUGCUUGUAUAUCCACCUGCCUGCUUUUUUAAUAUACAGUGGUACUUUAGUUCUUAAACUUCCCGUAUUUUUCUGUGUAUAAGACUAGGUUUUUUCCCUAAAAAAUAAUGUCAAAAAUUAGGGGUCGUCUUAUACACGAAUAUAUCUCCCCCCAUUUUCUUAAAUCUGAGUCCCCCAAAAUAGGGGGCGUCUUAUACAUGGGGGCGACCAAUAGACAGAAAAAUAUGGUAAUCUGUUCCGCAAGUCCAUUCCAAAACCAAAGUGUUCCAAAACCAAGGCACACUUUCCCAUGGGAAGUAUUGCAAAAUGGAUUAAUCCAUUCCAGACUUUUAAAAACAACCCCUAAAACAGAAAAUUAACAUGAAUUUUACUAUCUACCAAGACCAUUGAUCCAUAAAAUGGAAGCAAUAAUCAAUGUACUGUACUAUAAAAUAAAUAAGACAGUAUUGUAGAUGAUAAAAAUAAAAAUAAUUAUUUUUUUUCUUACCCGCACUGAUAAUAGUCAUUGUUUGGAUGGGGGGCUUUUAUCCAUUUCCACAGUCACACAGUCAAUCAGUCAGUAGCUGAACUGGGUUCCACACAGUCACAAAAACAAAUUAACCGAAAAAGCCUCAGAAACAAAAAUGCAAAAUAAAAAGCAAAAAGAAAAGCGCCAAACUUAAUCUGUUCCGGAAGUCCGUUUGACUUCUGAAACGUUCGAAAACCAAGGCGCAGCUUCUGAUUGGUGCAGACACCCCGGAAACAAAAGCCGACAGCCGCAUCGGAAGUUCGGCUUCCGAAAAACGUUCCAAAACCGGAGCACCUACUUCCGGGUGUUCCGAGUUUAAGAACCAAGGCGUUUGAGAACCAAGGUACCACUGUAUUGAACUCAUGGCUAUAACUUAUUCCCUUAAAUAAUUUUUCUAAGCCCCCUGGCACCUUAGCAAGCACUGUCAGAACGUCUGAGGGCUUAACUCUGGCUCAGACGACCAUCACUUGAAGAUACAGUCAGACCUCAGGAUGAACGCGCUUCAGCUGAAAUAUUUUUGGGUUGCACUGCGCGGCGACCCAGAAGUAAUGGAGCGCGUUACUUCCGGGUUUUGCCGCUCGCACAUGUCCAGACGCUCAAAAUGAUGUCACACGCACGCGCGGAAAUGGCAAAACGCGACCCGCGCAUGCCCAGACGCGCAGUCGCGUCUUACGUUUGCUUCAGGAUGCGAAUGGGGCCCCGGAAUGGAUCCCGUUCGCAUCCAGAGGUACCACUGUAUUUCAAAGUGCAGGGGACCUGCUAGGAAGCCAAUCUUGACUAAAUUUCAGGAGCAGCUUCCUGAUGGAAGCAAUCGUUAUUUAGCCGAGGAACAGACUCCGUCGGAAAGCGAUGGACCCCCCUUUACUGGAGGUCGUUGGGCGGCUACCUGUCUGUGCUUCUUCUGCGUUAAUCCCUGUGUUGCAGGUUGGGGUUGGUCUAGAUGGCCCCUGGAGGUCCCCUCCCAAUUCUUUUCCUUUUUUUUAUUCAAAGUUAUAACAAGACAUAUUAUCCAAAAACACAUCCUUAUUCCCCCCCAUUUUUCCUCCCUCCCCCCCCCCACAAAACCCACCCCACCCCCUGACUUCCCUCAGUUCCAGUCUUUGGUUCCUCUGCUGUUUUCUGCAUGUUACAAAGUUGUAUAGAUCCUCAAAGUGUUUAGCUGAUUAUCAGUAAAAAAAAUUGUGAAUGUUUAUUCAAAACCUGCCAAGGAGUCCAGUUCGCUUUGUUGGUCUUCAGAUACUCUGUGAAAGGUUCCCAUUCAUCCUUAAAGUCACAGUUAUCCUUGUCCCGUAAUUUAUGUGUCAAUUUUGCCAGUUCUGCGUAGUCCAUCAAUUUUUCUUGCCAUGAUUCUUUAGUUGGGGUUUCUUCAGUCUUCCAUCCUUGUGCUACCAGAACUCUCGCGGCCGUUGUCGCAUACAUGAAAAUGUUUUUCAACUUUUUUGGCAAUUCUUCAUUUCCACCACCCUCUGCCUGACAAGCCCCAUCUCUUCCUGCGCGCAGGUCGCGGUGAGCCAUGGGGCCAGCCCCCGAGCCCCUGAACCCGUUGUGCCGAGCUUACCUCUACGCCUUCCACGGCUACCUCUUGGAAAUCCUGUUCACGGCCGUCAUCUCGGGCGAGGACUGGGCCUUCGACGGGGCCACCACCUUGCUGUCUUUCUUCGCCUAUGGGACCUGUGGCCUGGCGUUGGAGCGCAUCUACCUCUGGCUGCGCAAUGACUGCUGCCUCCUGACUCGCUGCCUCCUCUACAGCCUCUGCAUCUACCUGUGGCAGUUCACGACGGGCUAUGCCCUCCGCUGUUUUGGCGCCUGCCCCUGGGACUUCAGCGAGUUCCGCUACAGCUUCCUGGGGAUCGUGGCCCUAGAGCACAGCCUCAUCUGGUUCGUGGGAUCGCUCCUGCUGGAGAAGUGGGUCCUCGCCAACGUGUUGCGGCUCCGUCUGGACGAGCCCUGGAAAGCCAAACCUCGUCCCAUGCCCAAAUUUGCGCUGAAGGACGACUGACCAUCGGCUGGUUUUAAGGAGGAGUAUAAAAGAGCGAGGGUCUGGGUGGUGGGACUCCAUCCUCCUCCUCCUCUUCCACUUGGACCUAUAAUCCUCUUUUAAAUCCAUCUAACAGAUGGAGGUUGAAUCCUGACAAGAGAGAAGUAGUGUUUUUGGGGAGACAGGAGGCGGGUGGGUGUGGAGGACUCCCUGGUCCUGAAUGGGGUAACUCUGCUCCCUGAAGGACCAGAUGCGCAGUCAAUUUGGACUCACAGCUGUCCAUGGAGGUGCAGGUUAAUUCUGUGUCCAGGGCAGCUGUCUAUCAGCUCCAUCUGCUAUGCAGGAUGAGACCCUCCCUGCCCACGGACUGUCUGGCUAGAGUGGUGCAUGCUCUGGUUAUCUUCUGCUUCGACUACCGCAAUGCGCUCUACGUGGGGCUCCCUUUGAAGGUGACCCUGAAACUACAACUAAUCCAGAAUGUGGCAGCUGGACUGGUGACUGGGAGCGGCCGCCGAGACCAUAUAACACCGGUCUUGAAAGACUUACAUUGGCUCCCAGGACGUUUCUGAGCACAAUUCAAAGUGUUGGUGCUGACCUUGAAAGCCCUAAAUGGCCUUGGUCCAGUAUACCUGAAGGAGCAUCUCCACCCCCAUCGUUCUACCCGGACACUGAGGUCCAGCUCCGAGGGCCUUCUGGCGGUUCCCUCCCUGCAAGAAGCCAAGUUACAGGGAACCAGGCAGAGGGCCUUCUCAGUAGUGGCACCCGCCCUGUGGAACACCCGCCCACCAGAUGUCAAAGGAAAAAACAACUACCAGACUUUUAGAAGACAUCUGAAGGCAGCCCUGUUUAGGGAAGCUUUUAAUCUUUGAUGUAUUACGGUAUUUUAAUAUUUUGUUGGAAGCCGCCCAGAGCGGCUGGGGAAGCCCAGCCAGAUGGGUGGGUUAUAAAUAAUAAAUUAUUAUUAUAUUAUUAUUAUCUAGGUUGGUGGCUAUCACUGUUUCCUGUGGCAGUGAGUUCCACAGGAACUACGCGCUGCAUCUGGUUGGCCGCUGUGAGGAUGCUGGACUAAAUGGGCCAAUCCAGGAGCCUCUUCUUAGAACCGUAGAGUUGGAUGGGACCAUGAGGGUCAUCUAGACAAACACCUGGCAAGGCAGCAGUCUUUCACCCAACAUGGGCUCAAACCCACAACCCCGGGACUAAAUGUCUCAUGGGCAACUGACCAAGUUCUUAUGCUCUUAACUCUCACUGAAGGAGCGAUGAAAAGGAUUCACAGGGCGAUCUGAACCAUGUCUACUCAGAAGUCAGCCCUGUCAAUUUCACUCACAGGUAAGUAGGUUCAGGAUUGCAGAUGAUGUGUGAAAGGAACGUUUUUUUAAUAUGCUGGGAAACUUCACUGAACUCCUUGCGAGUAAGAAGAAGGAUCCGGGCCAUGGGAAAGAACACUGCUGGAUUAUAUAGCAGCAUAUCAAAUGUGGACACACUGUUUAAAUUCCAUUUACAACUAACUAACUAACUGCAUCCAUUCUUCGGUGAUCAGCCUUCUUUGUGGUCCAGCUCUCACUUCCAUACAUCACUACUGGGAAAACCAUGGCUUCUUCUUGGGAGAAAAGCGAUGGCAAACCUAGACAGCAUCUUCAAAAGCAGAGAUGUCACCUUGCCAACAAAGGUUCGUAUAGUUCAAGCUAUGGUUUUCCCAGUCGAUUAGUCACGUCCGCCUCUUUGUGACCCCAUGGACCAGAGCACGCCAGGCACUCCUGUCUUCCACUGUCUCCCGCAGUUUGGUCAAACUCAUGCCGGUAGCUUCGAGAACACUGUCCCACCAUCUUGUCCUCUGUCGUCCCCUUCUCCUUGUGCCCUCCAUCUUUCCCAACAUCAGGGUCUUUUCCAGGGAGUCUUCUCUUCUCCUGAGGUGGCCAAAGUCUUGGAGCCUCAGCUUCAGGAUCUGUCCUUCCAGUGAGCACUCAGGGCUGAUUUCCUUCAGAAUGGAGAGUUUUGAUCUUCUUGCAGUCCAUGGGACUCUCCAGAGUCCCCUCCAGCACAAGAAUUCAAAAGCAUCCAUUCUUCGGCGAUCAGCCUUCUUGAUGGUCCAGCUCUCACUUCCAUACAUCACUACUGGGAAAACCAGAGCUUGAACUAUACGGACCUUUGUUGGCAAGGUGAUGUCUCUACUUUUUAAAAUGCUGUCUAGAUUUGUCAUUGCUUUUCUCCCAAGAAGCAGGUGUCUUUUAAUUUCACAGCUGCUGUCACCAUCUGCAGUGAUCAUGGAGCCCAAGAAAGUCAAAUCUCUCACUGCCUCCAUUUCUUCCCCUUCUAUUUGCCGGAGGUGAUGGGAACAGUGGCCACGAUCUUCGUUUUUUUGAUGUUGAGCUUCAGAAGUGUGUAGUCUUGCAAAUUAAAAGCCUGACAAAUGCAUGCCAAUGGCCAGGGUGAGACCAGGAUUUGCUAUUCUGGACAGGAAAAUUAUGGAUGUACACUAGCCCCAAAGGCUAUGCUGUGUCUCCUCCUUUGGAGACAGCACUGCUUCUGAAAACCAGUUUCUGGGAACCACAGCAAGCCUUGCAUUCGAAUCUCGCUUGCAGGAUUCCCAUUGGCAGCUGUGAGAAUGCUGGUCUGAUCCAGCACUUUCUUCUUACCGUCUUACUACCACGGCUGUCCUACCCUUUACCCCGCCAGCCUCAGCGGUCCCCGGUUGCCCCUGAUAGCGCUGCAAGACAAAGCUCCUUUUCCAGGAUGGUUGAAGCCCUGCACAGAAGCACCCCUCUUAGCACUGCAACAUUUUGUUGCAGCAAGAGCUGCAACAAGAGUUCCUGAACACAUACCAUCGCAAGCCUGAGUUCAAGGCUUGCAGCUCAGAUGCAACCCCCCUGCCUGCUUUUGGUGUGUAAAGAAGCUCAAGAGGAAAAAUAUCAUAAUACCUGCUGUCAGGCUGAUGUUAGCUUCAGAGUCACGGCCCUUUAAAGCAGCCCUAAAGCCCAAUUCUGGGCACUGCAGGGUGUUUCUAAAAAGGGUUUCUGGGAAUUGUAGUUCUGAGAGGGGUGAACUACAGCGCCCAUAGUUCUGUGAUGAGGAGAAGGCACCCUGAAUGUCAUUUAAUAAUAAUAAUAAUAAUAAUAAAAUUAUACCCCGCCCUUCCCAGUUAAAAAACCGGGCUCAGGGCAGCUAACAACAAAUUUAAAACACUUAAUUGUAAAAACAGCAUAAAAUACAGUAUAAAAACAUGAAUAACAAUAAAAUUCAAAAUUCAGAAAUCAAUUAGAUAAUCCCCAGGGCUAGCUGGCCGAAUUGGUCCUACUUGGGCCAGGAAAGAGGCCAGGGGAGAAUUAUCUGUGGGGUCUCAGAGCGGGUGAUCUUCAUAAAAGGGGAGGGGGAGGGAAGAGAAGGGAAAUAAAAGAUCAGGCUGAAUUCAAAUUAAAGGCCAGGUGGAAUAGCUCUGUCUUACAGGUCCGAUGGAAGGAGGUUAAAUCCUGCAGGGCCCUAGUCUCAUGGGACAGAGCAUUCCACCAGGUCGGAGCCAUCACUGAGAAGGCCCUGGCCCUGGUGGAGGAUAGUCUGACUUCUUUAGGGCCCGGGACCUCUAAACUAUGGUUGUUCAUAAGAUGAUGUUGAGCUUCAGACCAUAUUUUGCGCUCUCCUAGAAAUGAGCAAACCAGGGAUAUUUGAGGGAGCAGGCUAGCAGGCGGGGCCCAUGACUUACAUCAUAGGAGCCUACACAACACAAAACACAGUUGCUGUACGUAGGUUUUAUUUCAUUUGUUUUUUAUCUCAUAUUUUGGAAAUUCACACCCAGUUUUUCCCCCCUUUAAAUUUUUUGGGGGUCCCCAAGAGAGUGGGGCCCUAAGCUAGAGCUUAUUUAGCUUAUACAGUGGUACCUCGGGUUAAGUACUUAAUUUGUUCCGGAGGUCUGUUCUUAACCUGAAACUGUUCUUAACCUGAAGCACCACUUUAGCUAAUGGGGCCUCCAGCUGUCGCUGUGCUGCCAGAGCACAAUUUCUGUUCUCAUCCUGCAGCAAAGUUCUUAACCCAAGGUACUUUUUUCUGGGUUAGCGGAGUCUGUAACCUGAAGCGUCUGUAACCUGAAGAGUCUGUAACCCGAGGUACCACUGUAUGUAAAUCCGGCACUGAACAGUCCUCACCCAAACAGAUCUCUUAGUAGUGUUUUCUUUUUCAUCCCUGGGAUAGCAGUGAGCCCGGGCGAUUCAGCCCUGCUUACGGGGAUCAGUAGUCUAGGGUGGGGGUGUUUCAGGGCGGGUCGAUCUGUUGAAUCCCUCCUCUCCCAGGCUGCCUGUGGGGCUUUUGUGAUCUGGGGCCAUUCCCGUAAGGCUGUGCACUUUUGUGGGGGCAGAAAGGCGAGCCGGGGGGGUGGGGGGGGUGUUGAGAAUCUCUGGGCAUCCCGACAUCACAGGGGACGGCGAUUCUUCCUUUAAAAAUAAAAUAAAACAAGCACGCCUUUUGUUCUCGCAAGAAAGGGGGAGGCAGGGCAGGAAGAUGGAUCGCUGGGAAAACUCGCUGCAAAGCCCUGAACAUCUGUUAUGGAUUCAAAGAAGCAGCCGGCAAGGCCUGGAGAAAACGCACAAAAAGAUUUUACAGUGUGGCUGGAGGCAAAAAAAGAAAGGGAUAUUUUUGGGGAGGGUUGCACAAAUUCACCGCAGGUGAGAUCCUUGGCUUGCAUGAGACCUGACCCUCGCAGGCUUGGAUUUGAUCGAAGAAUGUUGAUACUUCUUAAUUCAUUACCAUAUACAUUUAUAUCCUGCCUUUAAGCUUAGCCCAGACUCAAGGCGGCUUUGCAAAUGAAGACCCGAAGAUGCAGCUAAAAAAAGAAGAAAAGCUAAAAACAUAGAAAAUAUUUUAUCCAUGUAAGUGGAGCUCAAAGUUCACCCACAUUUACCUUCAAGUCUGCCAGAGCACCCUAGUAGGUUCUAGCAGGUUCAGAGUGAGGUUUUUAUUUUAAAAAAAAUAUCAAGACGAGAGAGUUUAAAAUAAGACAGACUUUAUUACGACAGGAUCAAACCGGAAAUGCAGAUGCAUCCAUUUUAAAAGUCGUUCUGAUUAACACAGAAACCCGUUAACGAAAGGGAGACAACUCUAUAAAUAAAAAGACAAACAAGCAAUAAGUUAAUACUGAAUAUUCCCCCGACACACACCAAAUUAAGGCAGACAUUGGCUUUUUCAAUUUUUAAAGUUAGCAGAUAAACUAAGAACCUUUUAUGCACUUCUAUACAAAGGAGAAAAAAAUAAUAUUUGGUUCCAAAUAUCAGAAAUAACUUUCAUAUAUUUUUUUAAAAAGGAUGCAAUAAAUAGCUUACAAUAUAUUAAGGAUUCAGGGUGGAGUUUUGCCAGUUCCGAGGUUCUCUAUCCCAGAUUUCCACUCCCUGGAGACAGUUUAUCUCCUGAUAUGCUUUCUCCAUACACAGAACUUGUGUAGGUAGGAAUCGCCCGCAAUCUCAGGCGACACAAUGUGUUCCUGUGCUCCACACAUCAAACAUUCCUUGGAAGAAUGAACUGCAAAACCAGCACGAGAUUAAGGAUUGUUUUCCGAUGCACAAAAAUAUUAGCUCGGUUAUGAGAGGUGCAAUUCGCCCACCAAGCUCCUGAAAAAAUUAUGAGAACCCUCACUCACGCACAAAUAGAUACUGAAAGGGAAUUCGAGAAUGGAAACCCCUCCAUGCAACAUAAUCCGAACCUGCAAAAUUCCCCCCUUAUAUUUUAAAGGGGAAAAAGAAGUCGUUGUCGUCCCUGUGGGGGAAAUACCACACUUUCUUCAAAAAAACUGAAGAGAAUAUCUUUUUUAAAACACACACACACAAACUUGGGGGCUAAUCCUGUCCCCACUACAGAAGCAUUAUUGUGAAGGGCACAGGUGGUCUGGCUCUUUAAGAAGACCGGCUGUGCAAUAAGGGGAUGAGCGAAUUAAUGCAGGAGACAGACAACGACCCCCUGUCUCUCCCCCCCUCAAUCUUGGAGACUUGAAGGCAGUUUCAAAAGACGGAUCUCAACCCACUUUGCCAGGGAAAACGAGGUUUUAGCAGGGCUCUGCCGUUUGCACCGGGGGCGGUGGCGUAAAGGGGAACCCUCUCAGGAUGCAAGGAUGCAGACACUGUUUUCUAGAUCUUUUUUUAUCAGGUAACGCUCAAGAGACCCAGGCAUGAGCCCCAAAAAACAGUGUUGUGUUGACAUACUUGUGCAAUCGAGAGUUUCCAAACAAGCCACACGCUUGCCCUGGAAAGAAGAAUGCGAAGGGCUGCUGUUUCCGUUGCAAAAACCAGAGGGCCAGCCCAAGACGCAAUCUGGGGUCCCUGCAGAUGUUUGGGACAGCAUCUCCCAUCAGACCCUGCAAGGGCUGAUGGGAAAAUCCCAGUUGGACCCAACUCAUCUUCCCAACCUGCUCUGCAAAAAUGAAUAAAUUAAGAAGCACUUGGGUGUUUGGCCUGAGAAAAUGCGAAACCCGCCAUUAAUACAAUCUCUUCUCCACACCCACCCGCCCUUCUCCCUCACCCAGCCAUUCAGAAACACCCAACAUUCUUUCCUCUAAGCGCCCAAAUUUGUGGGAAGAGUUCCGAUUCGAAUGCGUCGCCGCUCCCUUAAAAAUUAAAAAAUGCUUUCGGCCUGUGGUCAGUUUUCGAGGUUUUCUCCCACCCCCUCAGUAAAGAGAGAGAGAGAGAGAGAGAGAGAGAGAGAGAAAUAUCUUGGCAGGCGAGUAUUUGUCAGUUUAAGUUUUUCGUUCUGUCAGUUUCGUCCUCCCGCUUUCCUGCCCGUAGUCAGAAAGUUCUUGGCUUUCCCUUUUCCCAUGCUGCCAGAUUCUCAGCUGAAACAACACAGUAAAGGAAAGCCCUUGCUUAAGGCUUUUUUGGGGGGAGGGGGGUGGAGCAACCACCAAAAUUAAGGUUUUCCAUAUUGCAACUUCAAAAAGACAAAAAGCACGAGUAGCUGCAGAUUCAUCGGCCCCUUCUCGCAUGGAGACAGGAGCCAACAUUCAGGGUCGUAUCCAAUGCUAGCACUACGCAGAGGAGACCCACUGGAGAUAAGGAACACGGCCGACUUAUGUCCCUGAAUGCUAGUGGGUCUACUCUGUGUAGGAUUUGGUUGAAUACAUCACAAUGGUAUCGAAAUAAAGUUCUGCAAAUCUUUUGGAGUCAGAGACAGAACCCCAUAAUUCACGGGUCACAAUAUAUUUUUUUUGCCAAGGCCCUAAGCUAGAUUUCCCCAACUUGGUGCCCACGCCAGAGGUUUUGGACUACAGUUCCCAGCCAUGUGCAGUGAUGACUAUGGAUAAUGGGAGUCGUAGUCCAACAUAUGAGCACCAAGUUGGGGGAGGAGACCCUGAGAAAAUGUGAGUAGCCUGGCAGAAAACAACAUCCUCCUGGAUGCCACAAAAAAUCUCGCCACGUUCCAUGGAGUCGGCUUUGCUCCAGACUUCCCACAUGUCCCUGGCUACUCUCUGUGAAACUAUCGCAGCAAGCAGGACGUCGCCUGUUCUCGUGGUUCCACUUCCUUCUCACGCUGCAUAUAAUUUCCUCGAUCCCUCCCUCAAGCAGAGAAAACCAGCAAUAGCACAGAAGUUGUUCAUCUCAGUCCAUUGCUUGAGAAACGUCAGUUUUUUUAUCAAACAAAAAAAAUCAUCGACAGCAUAAAAAAAGAGUCUUCCCAAACAACUCAGGAUAUCUAGAGAAAGCAGACCAUUUUUAAGAGCGCUGGAAGUGGUCUGAGAAAGACACACCUCUCGCCCCCCAACAGCAUACAAAAACACACAUUGUUGCCUCUGGAUAAACAGGUCGAUGAGGUUUUUGAAUCGCUGCGGGAACCUAGCGAACCUCUUUAAGCAGAGGCGGAAAGUCAGGUGGGCGUCCACACACAAAGAGCAGGGGUUCCUAGUGGCCUCCAGCUCUCUCGGGUGCAGACAAGGGAAAUCUCGCAUCUUUCUCUCCAUGCCUCAGUUUCUCCUCCCAACCUCGAAACGCCCCUUCAGUCGUCGGAGACAGAGAUCUGGCUGAAGAUGGGCAGCCGGCGGCCCAGCGGGCCCAGCCCCGGGGAUUCUGACCCACUGCUGCCCCCCGAACUCCUGGAGUCUUCCUGGUCGGAGAGGGAGUCAGCGGAAAGGCUCUUCUGUAGCGUCAGUAGGGCUGGGAAGGCGAAGGGGCAGGGCAGGGACCCCCGAGCGGCUCCGGCGGCGGCAUGGAGGGGGCAGGCGAGAGUCGGCUGGAUCAGGGCGUCGCGAGGGAAGGAGGUCUCCGGAAGGCGGGGGCCCGCAGGCAAGGGAUCAGCGGCGGGGCAGUGGCGAGUCGGCAAGGGUGCCUGCGGGGGCGGCACGCGGCGCUCCUCUGCGUUGUGGAUGAAGUGGCAGCGUGCGCCGUAAGGGCAGAUGCCCGAGGUGUGGAAGGUGCGGCAAGGCUCCGUCUUGUACUUGGGGUGGCGGCUGAGCCCCCGUAGCUCGGCCGCGCCGUGGGCAAACUGGCACUUGGCCCCGUACUUGCAGACGCCGCUCUCCUCAAAGGUGCGACACAGCUCCGUCUUGUAGCGGGAUGAGGGCGGCUUGGCGUCGCCGCGGCAGCAGCCCUCGAUCAGGCUGGUGGAACGGUCCGCCCGGAAGGGGAUGCGCUGGAGGGAGGUGGGCGGCAGCUCAGAGUCCCGGCCCCACGGCUGCUGGAGGGGCCACGCUGGGUCGCUCGGACCGGCCACCGCCGCGUGGGGAGUGACGGUGUCGGCUGGGUGCGCCGCACAGCCGGUUCCUUCGAAGCCGGAAGCCGAGAGGGCGACAGGGCAGGCGGAGAAGGUGCGCUGGAAGCGGAGGAAACGCCUGGCAUCCGGGCUGUUGUCGUCCUCGUUCAGGUUCAGGCUCAGGAACGUCUACGAAAGAGGGGAAGGGAGGAAUAUUAUGAGAAUUGAGAAUUGGACUUCCAAUUUACCGCGGAGCUGAAUGCAAGCGGGAUUCAGCCCUCCGGGGAGAAUCUGGCUUUUCGGGGGGAAACGGGGGCUUUGCAAGGGCGCUGCAAGCCCCCAAAAGCCUCAGGAGGAAGAUCCUGAGGACAGGAUCCCAUCAAGCCAUAGAAUGGUCUCAACACUGCCAGAAAAAGCUCCUUUGAGAAUUGAAUAUAUCAGUCGCCGUUUUGGUUUUUUUGGCCACAGGCAACUCAAAGCGAUGUACAGAAAAAUGGAAAACACAAACGACCGUAUUUUUCGCUCCAUAAGAUGCACUUUUUUCCUCCUAAAAAGUAAGGGGAAAUGUCUGUGCGUCUUAUGGAGUGAAUGUGUGGUCCCUGGAGCCGAAUUGCCCAGGGGCAAAAAGCAGAUCGUGCUUUUUUUUUUUUUUUUUUGAAAGAGGGAAGGGUGUGUUGAAACGAAGCCGCUGAUUGUUUGCCAAUCGGGGAGAGAGAUAAGGGAUGCUACAGAUAAAGGAGGCUGCCUGGGAAGGGGGAGGUAAAGACAGCAAACUUGCAAAGGGGGGGGGGGACAGGAAGACUAAAGCAAUAAGGAGAGAAAUUAGAAGAAAAGGAGGAGCAAAAAACUGCUCCAGCUAAGGAAAAGACAUUAAGGCAAACAAGAGGGAAAGGAGUGUUGAAAGGAAGCAGCUGAUUGGUGGGAUUGGAAGAGAGAUAAGGGACGCUAGUGAUAAAGGAGGCUGCCUGGGAGGGGGGAGGUAAAAGCCCAUGGAUCCUCAGGAUUUUUACAUUGGGUCACCCCAAAUUCACCAUCAGAUCACAUAGCAUGUCCAUGGCUACAGCCUGCCCCCCCAAAAUCACGCACCCACUGUUUCGUGGGGCCGCAAUGGCGCAAAAACGUGGUUACAAAGCACGGAUCUACAUGGAUCCUCAGGAUUUUUGCAUUGGGCUACCCCAAACCCACCGUCAAAUCACAUGUCUGUGGCCACAGCAUGAACCACAAAAAUCAUACAUCCACUUUUUACAUCCAUCCAAUAUUUUUUUUCUUGUUUUCCUCCUCUAAAAACUAGGUGUGCCUUAUGGUCAGGUGCAUCUUAUGGAGCGAAAAAUACAGUACAUUAAAGCCAGGGGAGAGAGAGAGAGAAUAUUAGAAUUGUAGAGUUGGGAGGGACCUCAACGGUCAUCUAGUCCAACCCCCUGCAAUGCAGGAAUCAAGACAUGCCACUCGCUCUAAAAGGCCAUAGAUGGGAAAAGCCACAGGCCUGGUUAAAAAGGAAGGUUUUCACCUGGCAGCUGAAGAUAACUAAUGAAGGCAUCAGGCUAGACUCCCUGGGGAGAGCUAAACCUGAAUCAACGGAGUAAUGCAGCAGCAAAAAAGGCGAAUGCUAUUCUGGGCUGCAUCAACAGAAGUCCAGAUCGAGGGACGCAAUAAUCCCACUCUAUUCUGCCUUGGGCAGAACACACCUGUAGUCCCGUGUCCAGUUCUGGGCUCCGGAAUUUAAGAAGGAUGUUGACAAGCUGGAAGGCGUACAGAGGAGGGUGACCAAGAUGACCAGGGGUCUGUAAACCAAGCCUUAUGAGGAAUGGUUGAAGGAGCUGGGUAUGAUAAUAAAUAAAUAAUAAUAAUAAUAUAUUUAUUUAUUUAUUAUAAUUUAUUAUUUUUUAUACCCCGCCCAUCUGGCUGGGUUUCCCAAGCCACUCUGCACGGCUCCCAACCAAAUAUUAAAAACACAAUACAUGGCAGAACCUGCCAAGGAAAACAAAGAAUUUAUUUAUGUACGCUGCAACAGCAGCAAGCGUCUUGAUAGCACAAGGAUGGAAGAAUGAGGAAAUCCCGACAAAAGAACAGUGGCAAGAGAAAUUGUUGAAUUAUGCAGAACUGGCCCAAUUGACAUACAAAUUGCGAGACGAGGACAACUGUGACUUCAAGGAGGAACGGGAACUUUUUACAAACUAUCUAAAAAGACAACAAAAUGAACUGGACUCCCUGGCAGGUUUUGAAUAAACAUACACAAAUUUAAUGGUUGAUAAUAUGAUGGAUAGAUACCGUAUUUUUCGCUCUAUUGGACGCACCGGACCAUAGGAGGGGAAGAACAGGAAAAACAGAACAGGUCGGUUUGGAGGCUGCUAUCUGCAAGCCUUGGGAGCCGGGUGGGAACUCCCGCCCGGCUCCCAAGGCUUGCGGAUAUCUGCCCGAAGCCCGGGGCGCGCAACGCAGCACGCCCCAGGCUUCGGGCUGCUAUCCGCAAGCCUUCGGAGUGCUCCGAAGGCUUGCAGAUAGCUUCCUGAAGCCUGCAUUCGCUCCAUAGGACGCACACACAUUUCCCUUUCAUUUUUGGAGGGGGAAAAGUGCGUCCUAUAGAGCGAAAAAUACGGUAUGUACAAUUUAUAAUAUGCAGAGAAAAUAUGUGAAGAGAAAUCAGGGAGAGGAGCUGAGGGAGGUCCUUGGUCGGGGGGGAAGGGGGCGAAAGUGGGGGGAAAUAAUGUAUGUGAUUAUAUGGUUUGAUAAUUUGUUCUGUGGAAAUUGAUCAAUAAAAAAUAUUAAAAAUUAAAAAACAUAAUACAGCAAUAAAAAAUUAAAAACUUCCCUAAACAGGGCUGCCUUCAGAUGUGUUUUAAAAGUAAAAUAGUUGCUUAUUGCCUUGACAUCUGAAGGGAGGGUGUUCCACAGGGCGGGCGCCACCACCGAGAAGGCCCUCUGCCUGGUUCCCUGUAACUUUGCUUCUCGCAAGGAGGGAACCGCCAGAAGGCCCUCGGCGCUGGACCUCAGUGUCUGGGCAGAACGGACAGUGUCCGGGAUGGAGAUGCUCCUUCAGGUAUACUGGGCCGAGGCCAUUUAGGGUUUUAAAGGUCAGCACCAACACUUUGAAUUGUGCUCAGAAAUGUACUGAUUACCCUGGAAAAGAGGAGACUGAGAGGAGAUAUGACGGCCAUCUUCCAAUAUAAAAAGGGCUGUCAUGUGAUAGAUGGAGCAAGCUUGUUUUCUCCCACUCUGGAGGGUAGGACUCGAACCCAUGGCUUCAAGUUACAAGAAAGGAGAAUCCGACUAAACACUCGGAAAAACUUUCUGACAGUAAGAGCUGUGGAAUAGUCUCCCUCGUGAGGUUGUGGACUCUCCUUCCUUGGAGGUUUUUAAGCAGAGGUUGGGCAGCCAUCUGUCAUGGAUGCUUCAGCUGAGAUUCCUGCAUUACAGAGGGUUGGACUAGAUGUCCCUUGGGGUCCCUUCCAACCCCACAUUUCUACGAUUCCAUAAUUCCAUGCAAGGCCCUGAUGCAACUACAACUUCCACACUUCUCUGCAGGCAAAGAGUUCUCCCGUUCUCAACGCUUGACCUCCAGGGACCAGGGCUGCUCUCUCGCGCCAAGUGACGCCGAGGAGGAAGCGAUUUGCCGGCCGACCCGUCCUCCCCGUGGGCUAAUUGUUUUGAGCUGCGCAAUCCGGCGACGUCUAAGCCAAGGCCAGCCGCUCUGAGCCCUCCCUGGGAAUCCCCCGCGAGGUGCAAGCUUGUGGCUGCACUCGCCCUCUGCAAAUCCCUCGGACGGAGGCAGCUCGUCCCAGAGGAAGCUAUUAACUAAAUGGAUCUCCAUCUGGUCGCUGGGCGGAUGUCACCUGCCUGGCCCAGCGCAUCAGGAUGGCAUCCAGGGAAGGAGCCUUGAAAUCAAGGGUGAGGAAUGCGAGACCCUCCAAAUAUUGACGGACUUCAGCUCCCAUCGUUCACGGCAACCAGUGUGGCCAAGGGGCAGCAGAGGCAUUUUAAUGUUUUGCUCCCUGGCAGUGUUUGAAAUACCCCAGGUACAGGUCUAAUAAUAAUUAUUAUUAUUAUUAUUAUUUAUUUAUACUCCACCCAUAUGGCUGGGUUUUCCCAGCCACUCUGGGCGGCCUCCAACCAAAUAUUAAAAGCAAUACAUCGUCAGACAUUAAAAACUUCCCUAAACAGGGCCGCCUUCAGUUGUCUUUUAAAAGUAAAAUAGUUGUUUAUUGGCUUGACAUCUGGUGGGAGGGCGUUCCACAGGGCGGGCGCCACCACCGAGAAGGCCCUCUGGAACUACUGGUCUUCUGGCAGUUCCCUCCCUGCAAGAAGCGAAGUUACAGGGAGCCAGGCAGAGGGCCUUCUCGGUAGUGGCCCCCUCCCUUCAGAAGUCAAGGAGAUAAAGAACUACACUUUUAGAAGGCAUCUGAAGGCAGUCCUGUAUCGGGAGGUUUUUAACACUUGGUUUUUUUAUGUUUUUAGAAAUGCUGUAAGUGUCUGGGUUAACCAGCCAGAUGGGCAGGGUAUAAAUAAUAAACUUAUUAUUAUUAUUAAUUAUUAUUAUUAUUAUUACAGUGGUCCUCAAGUUAACGGGAUGCAGGUGGCGCUGUGGGUUAAACCACAGAGCCUAGGACUUGCCAAUCAGAAGGUCGGCGGUUCGAAUCCCCGCGACGGGGUGAGCUCCCCUUGCUCGUUCCCUCCUCCUGCCAACCUAGCAGUUCGAAAGCACGUCCAAGUGCAAGUAGAUAAAUAGGUACCACUCCAGCGAGAAGGUAAACGGCGUUUCCGUGCGCUGCUCUGGUUCGCCAGAAGCGGCUUAGUCAUGCUGGGCACAUGACCCGGAAGCUGUACACCGGAUCCCUCGGCCAGUAAAGCGAGAUGAGCGCCGCAACCCCAGAGUCGUCCGCGACUGGACCUAACAGUUAGGGGUCCCUUUACAUUUACCUUCUUGACUCAGCACAUGGUUAAACUAUGGAACUCCCUGCCACAGGGAAAUGGGAUGGUCACCAAACUGGAUGGCUCUAGAAGAGGAUUAGAGGAGGAGAGGGCUGUUGAUGGCAGCUAGCCAGAAUGGCUAUGCGGUGUGUCGGCAUUUGAAGGCAGUAAUGCGUCUGGGUACCAGCUGCUGAAAGCUGCAAGAGGGGAGAGUUGCUCUUGCACUCACGUCCUCUUGCGGGUUUCCCAUAGUGGGCAUCUGGUUGGCCACUGUGAGAACAGGAGGCUGGACUAGACGGGCCAUUGGCUUGAUCUUCUGAUGUUCUUAUGCAACCUCCAGGUGCAGAGGCAGUCUAUCCAGAUUCCUAUAGUUCCCCUAGGAAACUGAGAACAGGGUGCUGGACUAGACUCCCUGGUCCUGAAUGGGGCAACUGUGCCCCCAAAGGACCAGGUGCGCAGCCUGGGAGUCAUUCUGGACUCACAGCUGUCCAUGGAGAUGCAGGUCCAUUCUGUGUCCAGGGCAGCUGUUUACCAGCUCCAUCUGGUACGCAGGAUGAGACCCUAUCUGCCCACAGACUGUCUCGCCAGAGUGGUGCAUGCUCUAGUUAUCUCCCGCUUGGACUGCUGCAAUGCGCUCUACGUGGGGCUACCUUUGAAGGUGACCCGGAAAUCACAACUAAUCCAGAAUGCGGCAGCUAGACUGGUGACUGGGAGCGGCCGCCGAGACCACAUAACACCAGUUCUGAGAGAUCUGCAUUGGCUCCCAAUAUGUUUCCGAGCACAAUUCAAAGUGUUGGUGCUGACCUUGAAAGCCCUAAACAGCCUCGGCCCAGUAUACCUGAAGGAGCGUCUCCACCCCCAUCGUUCUGCCCGGACACUGAGGUCCAGCUCUGAGGGCCUUCUGGUGGUUCCCUCAUUGCGAGAAGCAAAGCUACAGGGAACUAAGCAGAGGACCUUCUCGGUGGUGGCACCCGCCCUGUGGAACGCCCUCCCACCAGAUGCCAAAGAGAACAACAACUACCAGACUUUUAGACAACAUCUGAAGGCAGCCCUGUUUUUAACGUUUGAUGCAUUACUGUAUUUUAAUAUUGUGUUGGAAGCCGCCCAGAGUGGCUGGGGAAGCCCAGCCAGAUGGGUGGGGUAUAAAUAAUAAAUUAUUAUUAUUAUUAUUUAGAUGGGCUGUUGCCGUGAUCCAGCAGAGCUCUCCUUUGGGAUCUCUCUCUCAGCAUGGACGAAACCCAGCUCCUUACUCUUUUUGCACCUUAUUGGGGGCGAGCGCCCGUGCGGCGUGUGAAACGCUUCGGCCCACGACGCAGACAUCGCCCUGCUCUGUCCAGCAGGUACCAGCCACCACCGCAAGUACCUCCAGAUGCCCCUAAGAUGCAAAUCCUAGUCUGAAUAGUGGCUUUUAUCCCACAACUGAGGACCAUAUGCUACAGGUCAAUACUCGGGGUUGCCAGGGAAACAGACAGGGCAGCGGGAACAAAAGUCUCACCACAAUGGCUCCCUAGAGUCACCGCCAAUUGUGAUGGAAAUUUCCACCCUCCGAAUACCAUCACAUGCAAACACCUCCAGCCCCAACCUGCACCCCAACCCUCGAGGCCAAACCACAAACCCUUCCUUUCUAUGUUGCUAAUAUUUCCUGUACGUUAAGAACUCUCGAUUAGGCACAAGAUAAAUGGUGUGUUUGGGGGUUGUUGUUUUUUUACUUCGCUUCUCUCUCUCUCUCAUUGCAACGCAGACAUUGUUUUGUAUACAACAUUAGCAGCGAUGCCCUGACCGACUGAAGCACAAAUGUCAACUUUCCCCCUUUUUAAUGUGAAAUUCCAUCAUUCCAAAUAGGAUUGCUCGCAAGAAAAGGGAAAAGUUGACAGCUUUGAACCAAACACUUCCAAACUUGCAGCCAGGAGUUCUAACCCGGCAGGCCCCAACAUUUUACAGUUGCAGGGCCCACGUUGAAUGCGUAUUUGGGGACCAAUCUCUCAGUCUUUUACCAUAUACAGUGGUACCUCGGGUUACAGGCGCUUCAGGUUACAUACACUUCAGGUUACAGACUCUGCUAACCCAGAAAUAGUACCUCGGGUUAAAAACUUUGCUUCAGGAUGAGAACAGAAAUCGCGUGGCGGCAGCGGGAGGCCCCAUUAGCUAAAGUGGUGCUUCAGGUUAAGAACAGUUUCAGGUUAAGAACGGACCUCCGGAACGAAUUAAGUACUUAACCCGAGGUACCACUGUAUUUGCAUGGUGGUAGGGCUGCUGGAGAAUUGCACCGUGGAUCAGGCCGUGAUCCAGGAAGAGGUCCCGACCCACCAGUUGCAGACCAUUGUCCAAUACUUGCAAGCACCCAUAACCUCUAUUUCUGCAAGCAGAUCAAAGACUAAGUGGGGCAUUGAUGUCCCAAAGGGUCUCCAAUUCUGGCAGGCUCAGAGGGGCUCUUACACCUUUACUUAGAAGCUGCCCUUCAGGGAAACUGUUAACUAACUUGGUAGAACUUGCUAGGUUCUUAUUUUCUCCUAAACACACAAAAUUAUACAGGCAGCUGCGUUCAAUAUUUGGUUCUAAGCAGGAAACAAGAUUGAUGUUGAACCCCUGAGGGUUCCCCAUCUCUGCCUUACAAACAACCCUGUAAGGUAGGCCAGCACGAUUACCCGAUGGGCAAGAACCAGGAGGGGGAAUCUCUGUGUCCAAGGCCUUCCAGCAUGUUCACAGCAGAUGCUACACGCAAACAGGGAACCUCUCUAGAUAUCUAACUGUGCACCCUGACCUGGGACUAAGCACCACACAACACAGCAGGAUGCUGCCCCAGUUCACAUGCGGUCAGGCACCAUAGCCAACGGCUUCUGGGAUAUGAAAUCCAGGCACAGCAUGACGUCCACAACACCCCCUGGUGCAUCUCCAUUUUGCAGGCAAUGUGCAGAAUCUCUCCCUCCCUUUCACAGGGCAAAGUCUCCUUCACCUUUGCAGGAAGGAAGCAUCAUCUAAAAGCAGACCUCGAUUCGAAUUCAGGGCCCCAGCAGAACAGAGACAUACCGCCUGGGGUUCAGCCAAGGCUCAAAUUAUGGGGAGGUAGGGAGCCCUUGCCCAAACUCAAAAACUCCCCAUUUAACACCCAGACACUGCUUUAUACACAUCCCAUAAUUUCUUUAAAGCAAGGCCCCUCUGCCACCCUCCCUCCGUGGUGGAAAUCCCAGAGAUCUGGUCCCAGGUUCAUCGACUAUUGGACUUUUAAAUGCUGGGAUCAAGUUCAUACAUUUUGCUGAAUUACUUGAACUAAAUAGUUUUCAUCAAGAGUCUGAAUAAAUUAUUUAUUACUGUA